UCCUCGGAAACAGUAGUAACAAUGGAAGAACUCUACGGUUUCAGUACUGGAAAUUCUGAUCAUUACUACUCUUCUUCUUCAAUGGCUAUGCCACCGGAACACUUACCACUUUCGGAGUACUACACGAGCUUCGAGCCUCUAUCGGCGGUUGUACCCGGAAGUAGCUCCGACCCGGUGUAUUAUUACUCGGGUUCUAAUUCGUCCACCGUGUCCGAUUGUGUUUCGGUUGCGGUGGCAGGAAAUCAACGAGGAGGAGAAGAGGUCUCGUGUACUGAUUUUAAUGCUAAGAUCGCUUCUCAUCCUCUCUACCCUAACCUACUUCAGGCCUACAUCGAUUGCCAAAAGGUUGGAGCGCCGCCGGAAUUAGCCCAUAUUUUGGAGAAAAUCCGGCGAGAAAGUGAUCAGCUCAGUAGGAGAACCGUUGGUUCGACUUGCAUGGGUGUCGAUCCUGAGCUCGAUGAGUUUAUGGAAACCUACUGUGGUAUUUUGUUGAAGUACAAAUCGGAUCUGACAAAGCCGUUCAACGAAGCAAUCACCUUCUUGAACAGCAUGGAGACGCAGCUCAACAAUCUCGCGGGCGCCAAUACCACCAAAGGUGUGUUGAUGCAAACAAGGGACUCUAGGAUUAGUGGAAUGAUGAAGCUUAAUUACUGGUGUUUUGAUCAUGAAGAUGAUGCUCCCCCAGGUAAUUCUUCUGACUACGAAGACAUGAGUGGAGGAGAGAUUGAUGUACAGGACUCUGAUCAUCAGCAAAGAAAUGUAAAUCAUGAAUUGAAGGACAAGCUGUUGCGUAAAUACAGUGGUUAUAUAAGCACUCUGAAGCAGGAGUUUUCUCAGAAAAAGAAGAAGGGAAAGCUGCCAAAAGAUGCUAAACAAAUCCUUGCGGAUUGGUGGAACCUUCACUAUAAAUGGCCAUAUCCAACGGAAGUAGACAAGAUGACACUGGCUCAAGUGACGGGUUUGGAUCAGAAACAAAUUAACAACUGGUUCAUAAAUCAAAGGAAGCGCCACUGGAAACCAUCGGAAAACAUGCAGUUUGCUGUUAUGGAAAGCCUCUAUGGUCCUCGUCCUGUUUAGGGAUACUAACUGGAUAGCCUCCAGCCACUGAUCAUAUAUAUAAGAGUGGGAUCUCAUCUGGUCCCUUUUUAACUUCAUAUAUAUAAGAGUGGGAUCUCAUCUGGUCCCUUUUUAACUUGAUUUGUAAAUGAACUCUUGAACAUGACCUUAAUUUAGCUAAUGCCCGAAUAGAUCCCUACUUCCUUUUGGUUCUCCCCAAGUACUUGCAUUACCUGUUCAUUCUUUGACCAUUCACAAUCAAGCUAACCCUAGCAGUCUGAAAAUCUCAUCGCUAGGGUUGAGAGAGUUCGGACCUUGUUCUUUCUCUUUGGUAAACCCUUC